AUGGAACACAAGAUAUUAUAUCGACAAACCAGAUCAUUAAGGCUAGGUGACACCCAACGAUUCAAAAUACACUUCACUCCGCAUGCAGAGGGCGAUGAGGUAGUAAUACCGCCAACAUUAUGGGUAAAAGUUAAAAACCUUGAACCAGUAUCAAAGAGGGCAAUAUACUUAGCUGGUCCAUACAUAUUAUAUGUUGAUUGUCGUCAACUGGACUACGACCCUAAUGUCAAAUACUUUGUUACUGCAGAUCAACCUGUUUUUGAGCCACAGCUUUUACCCGGCCAAUCAUUCUAUGUUCAAUUGUCAUGUCAUACUUUAAAGAAGGAUUAUUCCUGGAUAGUCGAUGUUGUGUCCCAAAUAAUAUUCAACACAAAGAUUACAAUUGAUUUCGAGAUUAUGGUGGGAACUUCGAAAAAAGUUCUUCACGAGGCAUCACAUGCAGAAAAGCAUAUCCUUCAUGCCGAUCAUGUGGGCACAUUCCAUCCUUUGUUGAAUGUCACAGAAUGGGACACAAGAGAUUUGUGGAAUUUACCGGUACUCCUGCCUGGGAAGCCAAAGCAUUUGGUAAUAUUGACUCAUGGUCUUCAUUCAAAUUCAAGUGCUGAUAUGUUGUAUUUGAAAGAGCAAAUUGACCGAAUGGCAAAAAAGACUCAAACUGGCUGUGGGGAAGAAACUGUUGUCAAAGCAUUUUUCGACAAUGGAGGGAAAACUGAACGAGGGAUCAAGUAUUUAGGGAGCAGGGUUGCAGAGUACAUCGUUGAACUAGUUACUGAGAAUGAGAUGCUAAAUAAUGGACAAGUGACAAAAAUAUCGUUCAUAGGCCAUUCCUUAGGUGGGUGUGUUCAAGUAUUUGUUAUUGCUUACCUUCGACUGAAUUUCCCAUGGUUUUUUGAAACGAUUAAACCGAUCAAUUUCGUUGCUAUAGCGUCACCAUUAUUAGGAGUAGCCAACGAAAACCCUCUUUAUGUCAAAGUUGCCUUGUCAGCUGGUGUUGUGGGAAAAACAGGUCAAGAAUUAGGUUUGAAGUAUUUAGAGAACAAUUCCAAACCAUUAUUGUUGCUAUUGCCUUCAGGAUUGGCACACAGGACGUUGAAGCAGUUCAAACGGAGAACAGUGUAUGCAAAUGCAUUAAACGAUGGGAUUGUACCUUUGAGAACGUCUUCCUUAUUGUACCUUGAUUAUAAAGGGUUGGUACCAUUGAUCAAUUCCAAUGAUGUUUCUUCAAAUGAUGCCAAAGGUGCUAUUGAAAAUGCACAGCGGAAUGCUAAAGAUGAGGUCUCCGGCAAGGCGCCAAAAUCAGUGAAAGAUAACAAUCCAUUUCUGCCAAUGCAAACACUAAUGUCAUAUUUCAUGCCACAGAAGCAAAAAGGUAAAGGUGAACAGUAUAGAAAUUUCCAAACUACAAAUGAAGAGGGAGAAGGAAAAAAUGAAGGUGGAGAUGAAAAACGCGAAGCUUCUGGAAUCCCAAAUCUGACAUUUUUGGAUAGUGCCGCUGCAUUGUUCCUUCCUCCUCUUCCAUCGAUGAAAUACAUCACGGACCCCACGAGCCGAGACAAUGUCAUCAUCCACGACAAGGUGUAUUAUGAAAAAGAUUUGCCAAAAAUGUUGAGAAAUGGUGAUCAAUUUGUCUCAGGAAGCAAUGGCUCGUCGUCUAAUGGAAACUCGUCAAUGACAAAGAGAUUACUCAAUAGAAUAGACUACAAUUACGAGGAACUCGAAGAGCAGAUUGCACGAGAAUACCACAAAAAUAUGAGUUGGCGAAAAGUAGUGGUUAAGCUCAAGCCUGAUGCGCAUAAUAACAUCAUUGUACGAAGAAGGUUUGCCAAUGCUUAUGGAUGGCCAGUUAUCAAGCAUCUUGUCGAGAAUCACUUCGGUCCUGAAAAAGUUUACAAUAAAACAGUAACAUCAGUAAUGGAACAUGCAUCAACAGGCGAGUUUGCCAGCCAUGAUUCAUUAGACGAUGAACAAGACUUGACCAAUUUGGUUAAUAGAGAUUUAAUGACUAGGCAAAAUCAUGAAAUUGAUGAAACUACAACUGCUGAAGAAGAAAAUACUGCAAAUGCUGCGUGGAUUAAUGCUAAGGAUAAUUCGGAAAGUAUAUUUGCAUUGGGAGUUGCUGGGUUAUUGGGAGAAGUUACUCAUUUCGUUGGUGAUUUUGGCGAAGCCAUAUUUAACGGGAAAAGACCUUCGAUUCCAUUGAUUGGACAAAUUCCCUUACCGGCAGCUUUAGUUUCACCAUCAAAUGAACCUGCCAUGGCCGAUGGCGUUGUUGCUAAUGAUCAAGGACGCAGCCUUUCCAUUGCCGAGGAUGAGAUUGAUGAAUCAGGUGAUUUGAGUCUUUCGAAACCGGGUGUAAUGAAUAAUUUUCUAUAG